GAGGGGACACUCCGCGCAGAGUUUGCCUCGAGGCUUGCCCGAUACUGUCAGCGUCGGCGGCCUGACCCGGCCAAUGUGGAGGGACACUCUCCUGGAGGGGCGCCCUCCCGCUCUCUCCGACUUCGCGCACGGCCCGUGCUGCGUGAAGUCCUUCAGCGAGCCGUGCUCCUCCGAGCUCGACGAGCGCCAGGACCCGCGUCGCGGCACCCGGAGGGUGGUGACGGACUCGGAGCUGCAUCGGCGGCCUCUCGUGCUCGACGACGACAGCCCCACCAAGUCCCUGAGGAUGAGGCGAGGCCUGAGGGUUGUUGCGGCGAUGCUCGUGCCAGAGUCCCCGAAGUCCUAUCGCCAGGCGAUCUCUGAGAGGGGGUACGCCCUCGGUGCUGUGCUCGGACGGAGCCGGACGAAUUGCGGCUUCACGGUGGUCGCUGUCGAGAAGGAGGGCCGCCGCUUCGCGGCCAAGGGCACGAGCGAGCGCGAGUUCGACGGCAUCCUGACCGACACCCUGAAGGGCGAGUACGACAUCCUGCGCGACCUGAGCCACCCGGGGAUUGUGCGGGCCGAGGAGCUGAUCGAGGGCACCGGUGGGUGCGCCAUGGUAAUGGAGCUGUGCGCGGGCGUGUGCGUGGAGCACUUGAUGCCCCAGGGCUCGGCCCUGAGCGGCCCCGCGCGCCACGGCGUGAUCUGGGCCCUCCUGGACGCCGUUGCCUACCUCCACCGCGAGCUCGUGGCGCACCGGGACCUCCACCCGCUCAACGUCAUGGUGGACGCUCCGGCCGUCGCCCGCUGCGCCUCCGAGGGCAUCCCCGCGGAGGGCGCGGUCAAGAUCGUGGACUUCGGCAGUGCCCUGCGCAGCACGGCGGGCGGGGGCAGCUGCGGCGCCGGCGGACUCGAGGACAACGCGACCCAGGACAUCUUACCGCCCCGCGAGGCCUGCGGCGACGACCCCCUCGCCUGCGGCGACGACCCCCUGGCCUGCGACGUCUUCGCCCUUGGCCUGCUCGCGGCGGGGCUCGCCGUGGGCCGGCCGCUGCGGAGCGCCGACGUGGUGUGCGGGGGCGCGCUGGCGGUCCCCGAGCGCUUCCUGGCGCUCAGCGCGCCGGCCGCCGCGCACCUCUGCUCGAUGCUGGCGCUGUGCGCGGGGGCCCGGCCCGGGGCGGGCGAGUGCCUCGAGGCGCUGCCGGCCGCCGAGGACUGGCUGGCCGAGGCGCGGCCCCGCGGCAAGAGCGCCGGGGCGGCGGCCGAGGCCUGCCCGAGCCCGUUGUCUGAGCUCAGGGCUUACAUACAAAUCUGAGCGAGUCAAGGGGCUGGACGCCGUCCGGCGGGCCAGGGGGAGCGCAGGCCGCCACGAGCCCCGUGUGGUCUUGCUUUGCGGGCCUGCGCAUUCCCCGGGCUCUGCCGCUCCAGCCGGGCAGGGGCGCCCGGUGUCUGAGUCGGAGCUGGCAGCGAGCGCCCUGGAAGGGGGCGUCGGCCUCGUCGCGUGCUCUCUUUUGUGCCAGGGAG